AUGAUGAGCAGAAGAGUGGAAUUUUGUAUCUGGAGUGGAAAUUUUGUCAUCAGGAUGCUGCUGCUAUUGCUGCUGCUGCUGCCGUAUGAUGAAGUAUAUGGGAUGCCGUCCAUUAAUUGCUCCAUAAAGGAUGACCCCUUUCCUAUCCCACACAAUUUUUAUCAACCGGGCAAUCUUUCUAUUGGUAUGAUUGCCAAUCAAGUUGGUUUCAUUAAUAACCCUCCAUCGUUCAUGCAACACCCCACACAUUUGACAAUUGAUGAGCCAAUGUCAGUAACAAAAAACUACCAGCACAUCUUGGCCCUGGCCUUUGCUGCAAAGGAACUGAAUAAGGAUCCCAACUUGAUUCCAAACAUCACUUUGGGUUUCUACAUCCUCAACUGCUAUCACCUUGGAAGAAUGACUUUUAAGGCCCCCCUCAGCUUACUUUCUGGACAGCGAAAACUAGUUCCUAACUUCAGCUGCAAUGAGCUGAAAAAAAGUAUAGCUGUGAUUGGCGGUCUUUUGCCUGAAACCUCUUCUAAUUUGGCCACCAUUUUGAACAUCUACAAGACUCCUCAGGUAAGCUAUAAACAUGGAGCUACAGAGAUGUCACAAAUCAAGAACUUUCCUUCGCUAUAUCAGAUGGUCCCCAGUGAAGCCUAUCAGUACAAGGGAGUUGUACACUUGCUUCAUCAUUUUAGAUGGACUUGGAUUGGGCUCCUGGCUAUGGAUGAUGAUCGUGGAAACCAGUUCUUGCAGACAAUUGUACCUAUUCUCACUGAGAAUAGCAUUUGCUCAGCAUUCACAUUCAAAUUACCAAAAGCAACUUACAUGGAAGAGGUUGUAGAAGAGAUGACCGUAAAACUGUCUGAAAGGUACCAAUAUCUUAUGGACAGAAAAACAAAUGUACUGUUUUUGUAUGGAGAACCUCCAGUCGUGACGUAUUUGAGGAUCAUUUUUACCAAAGUUGUUUUCACUUCUUUGACUCCUCUGAGUAAAGUGUGGAUUAUUUCAUCUCACUGGGAUUUUGAAUCACUCGCUCUCCAAAAUAUUUUAGAUAUGGAAACCCUCCAUGGUACCCUCUCAUUUACAGUCCAUUCCAAUCAGCUGCCUGGAUUCCAAGAAUUCCUUCAGACCAUAAGACCUUUCUGGGCUGAGGGAGAUGGUUUUAUUCAGAUAUUUUGGGAGCAGGCCUUCGGCUGUUCAUUGAAGCACAAACAGGAGGAUGUGGAGGAAAUCUGCACAGGGGAAGAGAAACUGGAGAGCCUUCCUGGGACUUCAUUUGAAAUGCAUAUGACUGGCUACAGCUAUAAUGUCUACAACGCUGUCUAUGCUGCAGCCCAUGCUCUGCACAAUAUCAACAUACAUGGAUCCAAACACAGAAGACUGGCAAAAGUUGGGAGGCUGGAUGUACAGAAUAUACAGCCGUGGCAGUUACACCACUGCUUAAAGAGAACCUUGUUCAACAACAGUGCCGGAGAAAGUGUGCGGUUUGAUAAAAACAGAGAAUUGGUGACAGUUUUUGAUCUGACCAACUGGCUUAUCUUUCCAAAUGGGUCCUUUGCUAGAGUAAAAGUGGGAAGACUGGAUCCUUUUGCCCCAUCUGACAAUCAGCUGACUCUGAAUGAUGAUCGAAUAGUGUGGCACAGAGGCUUUAAAGAGAUGCUUCCUGUUUCGGUCUGCAAUGACCAAUGCCAGCCUGGCUACAGCAAGACAAAGAGGGAGGGGGAGAAAUUUUGCUGCUACGAUUGUACUCCAUGUCCAGAAGGAAUGAUCUCUGAGCAGAAGGACAUGGAUAACUGUUUCCAAUGCCCAGAAGAUCAGUAUGCCAGUAAAGAACGAGAUCGAUGCCUCCCCAAAGUUUUAAGCUUCCUUUCUUAUAAUGAAGAUUUGGGCAUCACCUUAGCUUUCCUGUCAUGUUCCUUUGCUUUGAUCACAGUUGCGGUUCUUGGAAUUUUCAUUAAGCACCAAAAUACCCCCCUUGUCAAAGCCAACAAUCAGGAUCUCACUUACAUUCUUCUCAUUUCCCUAAUUCUUUGCUUCCUUUCUCCACUGUUAUACAUUGGUCACCCUGGAAUCGUGAGCUGUCCUCUCCAACAAAUGACUUUUGGCAUCAUUUUCUCAGUGGCUGUAUCUUCUGUAUUGGCCAAAACUAUCAAUGUGGUUCUGGCUUUCAUGGCUACUAAACCUGGAUCUAGAAUGAGAAUCUGGAUAGGCAAAAGACUCACAAACAUGGUUGUUCUUUCUGGCUCCUUUAUACAAGUGGUUAUUUGUACUGUUUGGCUAUGUACUGCACCUCCAUUCCCAGAUGUUGACAUGAAGUCUCUGACUGGAGAAAUGUUGGUAGAUUGUAAUAAAGGGUCAGUAGUCAUGUUUUAUUUGAUUCUGGGAUACAUGGCAUUAAUGGCAAUGAUCAGCUUCAUUGUGGCUUAUUUUGCUAGAAAGUUGCCUGAUACUUUUAAUGAAGCCAAGUUCAUCACUUUCAGCAUGUUGGUCUUUUGCAGUGUUUGGAUAUCAUUUAUUCCAACUUACCUGAGCACCAAGGGAAAAUAUAUGGUGGUUGUGGAGAUCUUUUCAAUCUUGGCCUCCAGUGCUGGCUUACUUGGAUGUAUUUUUGCCCCUAAAUGUUAUAUCAUUGUCCUAAAACCUCAGCUGAAUAACCAAGGACAGAUAAUGUGGAGAAGUAAGAGUUCAAGGAUAGAUUAA